GUGCGAACGACGAGCUACAUGAACGCGAUCGAACACAACAAGCACCUCUUCGCCGGGAAGGUGGUGAUGGACGUGGGCUGCGGAACGGGGAUCCUUUCAAUGUUCGCCGCAAGGGCGGGGGCGGAACAGCUAGGCCCUUGGGCAGGGGUAGCCACUUUGCGAGGUGUGAACGGUGGAUUUGUCAGCCGUGGGAAGGGAAAAAGGGAAGUUCUACCAGGACACUACAAGAGACUUGGAGUGCCCUCGGAGAAUGAAGCUUUUGACCAAGCGUUUAAGAAGGAGGUGGACGCAUGGGCCCAGAAAGAAGAAGAGACAUCGAAGGCAGACGUUGGGAACGUCGAACUAGAAAAGGNAAGGGGAGGAGUGGUUGUGAACUUGUUUCAGCAAGGAGACAAGACUGACCCAGGAAACUACAUGGGAAUCACACUGUUGAACACAGUAGGAAAAGUGUUCUGUAAGCUGCUGAACGAUAGGAUAGUGGGAGUAUUGGAGAAGGAACAUAGCACUGGUGAGAGCCAGGCAGGUUUCCGCAAGAAGAGGGGGUGCUUAGACCACGUGUUCACGGUAGGGAGAAUCAUCCAAGGUAGAAAGAGGGCGGGAAAGCCGACGUACUGCUUCUUCCUGGACGUGAAAAAGGCAUACGACACCGUAUGGAGAAAUGGGUUGUGGAAACAACUGUCCANGAGAGUGGACGAAAAGCGCGGUCAUGAGGGUCCAGAAGUGUACGGAAUGUUGAAGGAAGGAAUAGGGUUCAAGGACUACCUACAUGGACCAAUGGAUGCAGGAACAAAGCUUAAGGUCAAAUUCAGGACCGGGGACAUAGGCCUUCGAGAACGUCGACGAAGACAUAGGACGGUAGACGAGGAAGACGACGAGUUCAAAUGUGAUUGCGGCUUCGAAUGCGAAGACCGUGUUCAUGUAGUCGCGGAAUGUCCGUUGUACAAGAAGGAGAGGGAACUGUACAUGACUGAGCUGGGAAAAAUAGAUGGGACGUACAGGGAGAUGUUUGAGGCAUGGAAUAGAGAGGAAAGGACGGUAGCUGUGAUUGGCAUCGAGUGCUCGACGAUCAUCGAGCAGGCUCGGAAGAUCGUUGCGGCUAACGGGUUCGCCGACAAGAUCACUCUCAUCAAGUCCAAGUGCGAGGACAUCGCCAGCCUCGAGGCCCUGGCCGGUGUGGACAAGGUGGACAUCAUCAUCUCGGAGUGGAUGGGGUACUUCUUGCUGUACGAGUCUAUGCUGGACACGGUCAUCUACGCCAGAGACCGGUGGCUGAAGGAAGGGGGGUUGAUGCUUCCCGACAAGGCGACGUUGUUCGUGGGGGCGAUAGAGGACGAGCAGUACAAGAAGGAGAAGAUAGACUUUUGGGACGAAGUUUACGGUUUCGACAUGAGCGUCAUCAAAGAGAUAGCCCUGACGGAACCGCUAGUGGACAUUGUGGAGGGGAAGGCGGUAGCGACGGAUUGCCAGGCGAUUCUGUCGUUAGAUCUGUCGGACUGCAAGAAGGAGGAGCUGCAGUUCAAGUCAGAGUUUGUGCUGACGGCGCACCGUAACGACUUCGUUCACGCGAUCGUGGCGUACUUCGAUUGUCAAUUCAGUCAGUUGCACAAGCCGGUCCGAUUCUCCACCGGGCCGUUCACCGAGUACACCCACUGGAAGCAGACGGUCUUCUACCUCAGACAGCCGCUGACCAUCUGCAAGGGGGAGUCGAUCAAGGGCAAGAUCACGGUCAAGCCGAACGACAAGGUGAGGGAGCCGUGCCUGCGAGAUCCGGCAUCGCAAGGAGGGCCGCGGAUGGGACACAAGGGCACCUGUCAUAGCCUGCGGUAGGCCCAGAGAGCCGCCCGCCGCAGCUCCGCCCAACGUCCGAACGCUUGAAGCAGGCGUUUGUGCUCGCGCAGCAUGUAGGUCUGUUGUAUAUCCUCGUCGAGUGUGUACGAUGUAGGGUGGCGAAAGAUGCACAGCUUCGCGCGCUUGUAGCAGCAUUGUCCCGUAUUCCACCGCCCCGUUUUCCUCACGCAAGCAGUUAGUUUCGAUGUGAACGAGAUAUCGUCUUGACCCCACACUCCAAUCCAACCCGUGGGUGCUCCCCAAUCGGUGACCCCCCCCCCCCCCCCCCCCCCCCCCCCCCCCCCCCCCCCCCCCCCCCCCCCCCCCNUUUGGACAUCGCGUUGAGAUUGGAUCACCAGGGAUCCGUCAUGUCGUUGCACGCCACACAAGAGUAUCGCCUGCGGUAGAGGAAAUCCCCUCGCCCCGACCUAUCUAUCCCCUCCGCUGCCCCUACAGCGGCAAGCGCCAGCACCUUUUGUGAAGAGUGGCCUUCUUCGAAACGCGCGUGUAUUGUAAUGGACGGUGUUGUUUGUUUCCUGUUUUUUGCACGUCGGAAGUCAAGUCACACUCCAACUCUCGAGUGCCGAAAGCCAAAGCAGCACGUUGACGCAGGAAGCGUAUCCUGGGUGAUAAUUUCCCAGGUUGGGGCUUGCGAUAUUAGGGGCGGGGGGGGGGGAAGGGAGAGUGCUGAGUUGCAGAUUUUGCGUCGUGCGAUCGAGCGAUUCCGAAAGAGGCGCUCGAUCAUCGAAAUAGCCAUCGCGCUGAGACGAAUUUUAUACUUCAGUAGGUAAAAGCGGUGUGUCGUGGGAGUUGGUUGGGUUUGGGAAGUACUGCGUGUUUGGACCUAUUUUCAAAAUAUCCAAGACGAAGUUUGUGUAUUGGGCGCGUGAAGUCGCGCAGGUGCGAAUCGGCAACUCGUCGACAGAAACGUGCUUGCGCUGACCCUGCUGUUGAGAGCGGCGGACUGUUCAGGAGUGCGUUUUUUGGUGGUGGUUUCAAUAAGAUCAAAACACAUGGACGCAAGUGUGAAACGAGUUGGUCGAGGUUGCUCUUGGAAGCUCUUGGCUGACUCGAGGUUGAUGUCGGAACUCAGUGCGCCGAGAGUGUUCCUCGUUGUGUACGAGGUGUCCUCGACGCCUCACUCAACUCGCUAAACAAAAAUUGCCAUGUUUCGGAUGUCCGCGAC